AUGUCGACUUCUUCAUAUAACAGCCCAUGCGGUCCCUGGCAGGAUCGCUUGGAAGAUGCUUGUCGCGAGGCGAAUAUCAUGCCACCUGUCUUCCAAAUCGUGUCUGAUCGCCGUGGAGGGCGUACUGCCUGGUCCAGCAGAGUGACAGUUCACGGCCGAACCCAUUCGGCAAGAUUCUGGUACGACGGCAAGAACCUGAACAACGCAAAGGAAGAUGCUGCUGAACUGGCCCUCAACUACCUGACGACCUCGAAUCCCAGCUCGCCAUCCACCAGCCGCGGGAGUUGGUAG